AUGCCUUUCAAUCCUUUCAAAGUAAAGCCAAUCCCAAUUCACGCGCACAGUCCACUCCAGGAGCAAGAAGACGCGGACGACAACGCGGAUGACAACGCGGUAGCCCAGCACCUCGAAGAGCAAGUUGAGUAUAGCGAGCACAGGGCCAGUAAUCCCUUUGAGGAUGAGCGGGAAUACGCGUCACCCACUUCAAAUCCCACGAGUACACCCCUAUCAUUUCAACAAACACCUGCGACACACUACGUCGGCCACCAGCAUUACCAGAGUGCGAGUGAUGAGCACACACCAAUAUUUACUCACCCCCAACCCUCUUUCCAAACUUCUGCACCGUCUUAUACGGGCACCUCGCAAUCUUUCGACCCAUCAACGGAUUAUCAACGCACGCCAUACAUACAGCAGCAGAGCAUAACACCGGUGCCUGUAUCGCUCCCACAAGCUCAUCCCCUCUCUUACAGCGACAUAGAAAAACAAGGUGACGGGCUGAGCUACCAAUCGCGCUCGCCCAGUCCAGCAGACGACGACAGCUAUGAGGGGCUUUACAGUAAGAAAGAAAACAUUACGUCGCCCGCGCCUGCCAUCACUAUGCUCACUCCCGACAUGGACACAUCGCACUAUGGUGCACCUCCAGAAGAACGCAUACGCCGUCGCGGAAAGACUAAGAAGAAGAUUGCGCUUACGGAUGGUAACCUUGUUGUCGAUCUUCCUAUCCCAUCCACACUCGAUAAGGUGAUCAUGCGGCGCGAUUUGGAUGAUAUGUCCAAAGUGCGCUAUACGGCAGUUACAUGCGACCCGGAUCACUUUGAGCGCAAUAACUUUACUCUCCGCCAGGCACUGCAUAAUCGCAGAACUGAACUGGCUAUUUGCAUAACCAUGUAUAACGAGGACGAGGUGCUGUUUUGUCGCACGCUGUACGGCGUCAUGAAGAAUAUUAGUCACCUGUGCAGUAGGAAGAACAGUAACAAUUGGGGCGCAGAUGCUUGGACCAAGGUAGUCGUAGUUAUUGUCGCUGAUGGUAGAACCAAAGUCCAUCCGCGUGUCCUCGACUGUCUUGCUAGUUUAGGUGUCUAUCAGGAAGGCGUGGCGAAGGGUGCUGUCAACGAUCAGGGCGUUGAAGCACAUUUGUUUGAAUAUACUACAUCUCUCGCUCUUGGUCCCGAUUUGAAAUUCAAAGGGCCAGAGAAACGCAUAGUACCGACACAGAUUAUUUUCUGUCUCAAGGAGAAGAAUGCUAAGAAGAUCAACUCGCACAGAUGGUUCUUUAAUGCUAUCUGCCCUAUUUUGCAGCCCAACAUUUGUGUUCUGCUCGAUGUCGGUACACGCCCACAUCCCAAAUCUAUUUAUCAUCUGUGGAAAGCCUUCGACAAGAACAGCAACGUUGGAGGAGCAUGUGGUGAGAUACGUGCGGAUACUGGCAAACAUGGCUCUGCCCUGCUCAACCCGAUAGUCGCGUCUCAGAACUUCGAAUACAAGAUGUCAAACAUCCUCGACAAGCCUACAGAGUCUAUAUUUGGUUACAUUUCGGUCCUGCCCGGUGCAUUCUCAGCUUACAGAUACGUAGCGCUGAAGGACGACGAUCACUUAGGACUCGGACCGCUGCAUUCUUACUUUAAGGGCGAAACGAUUCACAUGUCGGAGGACGAGAGUGUGUUUACGCGUAAUAUGAUGUUGGCAGAGGAUCGCAUACUCUGUUUCGAGUUAUGCGCGAAACGGAAAGAAGCGUGGAUAUUGAAAUAUGUUAAAUCAGCAGUUGGAGUGACGGAUGUACCUGACCGAGUACCUGAGCUGAUAAGUCAAAGAAGACGUUGGCUGAAUGGGUCGUUCUUUGCAGCGAUAUACGCUCUUACACACACGAAACAGAUUUUAAAUAGUGGGCAUUCCAAACCGCGCAAAGCGUGGUUAUUAGUUGAGACAUUCUACGCUGCAAUCAAUUUAUUCUUCAGUUGGUUCGCUCUCGGUAAUUUCUACUGUUUCUUCGUUGUCCUCACUCGAGCACUCGAAGACCCAGCAUUCGGUGUACCGGAUAUCAAAUACUUCAAUGUCGUAGCUCAGGCCGUUUAUGGAGCGAUGAUAAUUGCAUGUUUCACAUUCAGUAUGGGUAAUAGACCGGCAGGCGCGAGUCUCAAAUAUACGACAGUGAUUUGCGUGUUCGCAAUGCUGUCAAUAUACAUGAUAGUAGCUGCAAUUAUCUGUACUGUACAUGUAGCACAGCAGUCGGAGCAUAACUCCAUGUAUGCGCAGAUGUUGAUCUCGUUAAUUGCGACAUAUGGAUUAUGGGUUGCAGCUAGUCUAAUAUCGCUCGACCCAUGGCAUUUGUUUACGAGUUUCCCACAGUAUCUACUUCUUGCAGCAAGUUAUAUCAACGUGCUUACUACAUUUGCAUUUUCAAAUCUACAUGACUUGACUUGGGGAACAAAAGGAGAGACAGAACCAGAGAAGAAUACAGGCAAGUUCAAGACAUCGAAGGAUGGUACAGUGGAGGUGGAGAUGUAUGACAACAAACCGGAUUUAGACGGACAGUACGCAGAAGCGUUACAUAAACUUCGUACAAAGAUGCCAGUACCGACACCGCCACCAAGUUCAGCAGAUAAGGAGAGACAGGCAGCAGAUUAUCUUGCGUCGUUUAGAAGCAACGUGCUGCUAUGUUGGAUAUUAUGCAAUGGGGCACUUAUAAUAUUAGUGCUUGUGGGUACAGGAGGAAAUGGAGCAUUUGGGAACAAUGAGAAUAAGAAGGUGCAAGCGUAUAUGUUAACGAUAUUGGCGUUUGUGGCUAUAACGAGUGGAAUCAAGUUUUUGGGAUGUGCAUCGUACAUGAUAGCGUCUUUAUUUGGCAUGUAA